UUGAAAAUAACGGAGUGCCGAAGCGCUGGAGAUGCUGUGAGCAGAGUGAAAGCAUGCAUGUUUCGGGUGUGUUUUUCUUUUUCAACAAGAUAUUCAAUCCAUGCAUCGAUCAUCUUGACACGUGAACACAUGCUUCCUGAUUUGCACCGUUAGAUCAUCUCUCAGUGGUCCCUGUCAAGCUCGUCAUCAUGGAGGGCCAGUAUGUCACCAUUCAUGGCCUCAACAUCACUCACAGCCCUCUUGGAGCACCGGCCAUGUCUAUCGACAAACUUUUCCCGGCUCUGCUGGAGUGCUUUGGCAUCAUCCUCUGCGGCUAUGUGGCGGGCCGCAGUGACAUCAUCAGCGUGGGACAAGUCAAAGGCCUGGGAAAUUUUGUGUCAUGUUUCGCACUUCCUGCGUUGCUCUUCAAGAACAUGGUGCAGCUGCAGUUUCAGCAUGUCGUCUGGUCUUUUCUAUGGAGCGUUUUGAUCGCAAAAGUGUGUGUGUUCUUACUAAUUUGUGUGCUGACGCUGUUGGUGGCAAAUCCUGAGAGCAAAUACAGUAAAGCCGGGCUGUUUGCUAUCUUUGCCACUCAGAGCAAUGACUUUGCACUGGGAUAUCCUAUAGUGGAUGCGCUGUACAGAAGUUCGCACCCAGAGUAUAUGCAGUAUAUAUAUCUGGUGGCGCCUGUGUCUCUGAUGCUUCUGAACCCUGUGGGCUUUGCUUUGUGUGAGAUUCAGAGAUGGAGACACACCAGUGACCGCAACUACAGCAAACUGCAUGUGAUCUUUACAGUCAUCCUGCAGGUUUUGAAGAACCCAAUAAUCUUCAUGGUUAUUGUUGGAAUUCUCUCUCAUUUCCUGUUUGGUGGACAUGUGCCUGUUUUACUAGGAGAGUUUGUUGAUGGACUGGCAAACUCUUUUGGAGGGGCGGCCCUCUUUUAUCUGGGCCUGAGCAUGGUGGGACAGAUGGGUAAACUCACACGUGCCACUGGGGUUUCCCUCAUCCUGCUUAUCACUGCCAAACUACUAGUUAUGCCAUUGUUGUGUAAGGACAUGGUGGAGCUGUUGGAUGCUGGUAAUUCCAGCUCUGUAAAUCACUCCAGCCUGUCUGAUUAUGCAUUCCUUUACGGAGUCUUCCCUACCGCUCCCAGCGUGGCCAUAUAUGCUGCCCAGUAUAACAUGGAGCUGGAGGUGGUGACCUCUGGUAUGGUCAUUAGCACAUUCCUAUCAGCACCCAUCAUGUAUGUGUCGGCAUGGUUACUGACCAUUCCAUGGAUGGAGGCCACAUCCCUGGUGACGGAGCUGCAGGACGUGAGCUUUAACGUCAGCAUUGUCAGCCUAAUAACCCUGGGCUGGACCCUUGCUGUCAUGCUACUGAGUAAGAAGUUCAGGAGGCUGCCGCAAAUGUUUGCCACAAAUCUGAUUUUAGCACAGCUACUAGCAUGCGUGUCAAUGAUGUUGUGGAAGUUUGUUCUGAAGCAGGGGAACGCGUUUGGCCAAAUUCUCACCUUUACUCUACUUUAUGGAUCUCUUUACAGUACCUACAUGUGGACAGGUCUUUUGGCGUUCGCUCUUACUUUAUUGGGCAGAAAUGAAAACUUGAAAGUGAAACCUAUCUUUUUCAUCAUCUCUGGAUGGGGAAUUCCUUUUCUGAUUGUGGGUGGGCUACUCAUGAUAGGACAAAGAAUGAGUGACAACUUGGACUCCGCCUUCUUCUAUGGCAAGGGGCAGAUUGUGUGUACUGUGGUAGUACUGGGCUGCAGCAUCAUGCUGGGUGGUCUGUCUUUGAUGAGUUUGAGCCGAGGGGCCCAGGAGGAGCAAAACUAUCAAGCCCUAGAUCAGAACUCCAUGACAGGCACAACAGAAGAUGUGAGACAACCCCAGACAGAGAACCAGCACUCAUCUGAGCUAGAGCAAACCUACAGCAGCCUCAACACAGAUGUUUGUUGCAGUGAACCCAUGCCAGAUAUGAUAGUUGGGCAUCUUAAUGACCCGCCAGUGCCUUCAGCAGGGAUUUUCCUGAGAGAGGCGUCAAGCUCUUCACGUGUGCAGGAGGAGAGACAGAUAGCUCGACAUGUGCUCCUCUGCCUGCUCCUCGUUGUCAGCAUGCUGGCUAACCUGUCCAGUUGUCUGUGGUGGUUGUUCAAUGCUGAUCCAGGACGACUUUACCUCGAACUGCAGUUCUUUUGUGCUGUAGCCAAUUAUGGACAGGGUUUUGUUUCCUUUGGAAUUUUUGGGUUAGAUGAGAAUCUUAUUAUUCUUCCAUUCAAAAAGAGGCUGGCUGCUCUGUGUGGUUUUGGUGAGGAUGAAAGCCCUGAGUCUGCUGUUGUUCCUGAGGAAAUACGACUGACCUGUACACAGUUUGUGAGAUACCACAAAGAUCAGUGCGUUCAGGAUAUUGUUCGCAAUAGAGGCGGGUCUUCUGAAUCUCUCACCGGACCAGUUGGUGAAUCCUUUCUUUGAUUGACAGGUGUACUCACUGGGGUAUGAGUAUGGUGUAGUAUACUGGCAGUGAGUUCAUUGGCUCCUGUGUGUGGGCGUGGCUAAGACAGAAAGGCGCGGCCUUGCCUUCAGGACACAGCUGCAGAAGAGUGGUGUCUUACUCCAUGUGACCCAUAUAUAUGGCUUCCAAUUCCCUGUGAUAUUGCUUCAAAUGUACCUCCACUUUAUAAUGUGACACAAGCCCACGAAAGAACUAAAUAGACUGAAUUAUGACUGAGCUAUGAAACAAGUUGUUCUCUCAUCAGUAUUUGUUGUACUUCUUGAAUUACUAUGCAUGGCAUGCAAAGAGCACAGAACUCUCCCUUUAUCUCAUUCAAUAGCCCUCAAAUUACACACACACUUGCUCUGUUCCAAAUCCUAGUGAGCUGCCUAUGGAGGCAGCAUUUUUUAAGGCAUCAUAGGCAUGCUUCGGCAAAAGGCUGUUAUGAAAGGUGAGCAACAUGGUUAUGCUGCUGUAAUUUUAACCGUAUUUUAAGGCAGCUUAGCAUGUAGACUUUGUGGAAACGCAAGCCCAGAAUACACUGAGACAAUCUAAAGUGAGAAAUAAGUUCAAGAGGCAAAUUAAAAAUGUGUUAUUUUGUCCUGUAUUUAUGUGUGCUAUGUAUUUAUGGGUAUUAUUCUUAUAUAUGCUCAUCUUGCAAGUUGAGUCUCCUAUGCAGUACCCUAUUUGUAUGGUGCACAGGGUUGUGUUUCUAAAUAGUCGACAAGGAUGCUGCUUUAGAAGGUUUUGGAACAGAACAUGAAUGUGAACUAAUUAUUAUAAUUACAUUAAUUAUGAUGAAAUGGUCGCUGAAACACUGAAAUAUGCUGUCUACACAAGUUCUGUAAAAACACUUCUGACUGGGAUUUGAAUUGUAUGCUUUGUGUUACUUGUCAGCCUUGUCUUAAUGACAAGACUAUACGGCCUUGUAGCAAAGCCAUGCAAGACAUGUUUACAAACCUAAAAUUAUCCUACAGUUACGUUCUUAGAGCUAACUAAGCAUAAAUUCAGGACAAUCUGGAAUUUACAAUGGGGUCACUCCAUUUUCAAUCUACAGCAUUAUUUUAUGUACCUUAAUGUUGACUAAAGUGAAAAUUCUCUUAUUAAGCAUCUUUUAAGUAUGUAAAUUUGUUUUGCUGGUGUUAAUCUAUAUAGGUGAUGGCAUUUAUGUAUAUCAUAAAUUUAAAUCUAGAUAGGUGAAAUGACAUUUAGAAAGCAGGAGGGCAGUCACUGGUGAAAAGUUAUUGUUUAUUUCUUUGUUGAUGUCAUAAACUGUUUAAUUUUAUGUAAAAAAAAAAAAUUCUGUAAUACUGUUCAUACAUUAAAGUCAAAAACCGUGUCAAAAGCUGUACCAAUUAAAUGGCAAAUGCAGAGCAGGUUUUAUGUGU